AUGCCUGGCCGCCAGUACCAGGCCUUGCCUAGUGCCUUUCUUGGUGACUAUGAUACCAGCACCUGCUAUACCAGCACCAGGACUACCAAGAUGCCUCUUUCAUCGGGUUCCCCAGAACAAGAAGGAUUCUUCAAUCUGCUGAGCCAUGUACAGGGAGGGCGCAUGGAUGAGCAACGCUGCAACAUUCAGAUUGUUCACAAGAGUGGCUCACACCCUGAGAAGAAGGACAGCCCCAGCCCACCACCAGAGAUGGACAACUUCUUGGAAAUGCUGGCACACACACAGAGCCGGCGGAUGGAUGAUCAACGUGUCAGCUUCAACUACCUCCCAGGCUUCCAGAACACUGACUAUAAUGCCAGCAACAAACCAGCCUCUGGGGCUACCAAGGUGAGAGGGAGGGACUUGGAUUUACCAGAAUGUGCUGCUUCAGAUUUCUCAGUUGAUCUCAUCACACCGGUGGAUGAUUAUUUCUCCUUCAUCAACCGCAUCCAUGGCAAGUAG